CUGAAAGCUGAAGUCUGGGACGACGUUCAUCUCGUUCUUUCCCUCAGAAAUGCCAGGCGUCUUGACGCAGACAUGCUAAAGCCGGGGUUCUUACGUUAUCUGGAAAUGUGUGGAAUUUUAAUUUGGCUUCAACGUGUGUUUCUAUCCCGAGAAGUAUGGCAAAAGAACAGUAUUUAAAGAGGAUCAUUUCAAACUGAAUGGAUUUACACUCUGAAAAUUCACUACAAACUAUAUGGACUUUUCCCAUGAAAAAUGUCACUUGACAACCUUUCUCAUGGAGUCCUUGUGUGGAAAACUGAGGGCAAUGCAGUGUACUCCUAAGUCAAAUAUCAACCCACAAAGCUACAAAGGCCAGCAUAAUAAUGAAGACUGCUCUGACAGCGGACUCUUGGGUUGGUUCCAGAGCCCAGCGAGCAUCACCGGAGUUGACCGCUCUGGCUCGUUGUCCACAUUGGAACUAAUUGAAACUCCUAAAGAGAACCUCAGGCUUCAUGUCACCCCUGAGGAACAGAGCAGAGAAUUCGUUAGGGUGUUGGACAAAUACACCAGAGAAGCAGCAUCUGUAGUGAACUGGUGUGAAACUCCUAAACUAAACAGAAGGGGUUCUAUUCUGUGCCACAAACGUCUAACAUCCAAACCCACCGUAGUCAAAAAUGACAGCACAGAAUCACCAAUUACUACAAAUGCUGAAGACUCUUUGAGUAGGAGAUCUGAACACUGGCUCAGUGAAUCAUUUGACUCUCUAGAUGUUACCUCUGGUGGAGCCACCAGGAGUUUAAACAUGGGCCACGAUCUGGCUAUGUCUGGCAGAAAACGGCGGCUCCUCUUCACGCAGGUCCGGACGUCCACCUGUGAAGACGGCAAACUCAACACUUGCCUCUUCUCGUCCUUUGACGGAAGCGUUUCAAUCAUUGAAUCAGAUUUCAGGGGGAACAUUUCAUCUUGUCAACUUGAUGUAGAUACUCCAAGCGACAGUUUGUUCCCUCUCUUAACAAAAGAAAACUUUCCAUCGCCAGUAAACAGUGAAAGCGUUUUGUGUGACAGCACCAGUGUUUUCAACACCCCAUUGUUUACCCAAACGCCUCUAAACAUCAGAUCGGUGUAUGAGGACAGUGGCUUCAGUUCCUUAACGCUUGAUAAAUCACAAGACUCCUCAGACCACGAUGGCUCAUUCCAGGAGCUUCUCAUUUCUGCUUCAAAGGGAACUGGUCGAACUCCAACUCUAACUGAUGUGAAGAGGCGCUCCCGUUUGCAUCGUCACCACCGGCUUUCCACUCUUAAAGAAGGUGGUUCUCAGUCCGAGGAAGACCCAGCAAAUAGAAAACAUGAAGAUCCUUCUAAAUGUAGCAGCCAUUCUACUGAUGAUGUUUUUGCUGAUGCCACCCCUUGCAGCACAAUGUCUGCUGGAUGUUUUAAUAGCCUUGUUUUUGGAAAACAUGACCCUCACACCCCAUUGGGAGACCCUUCAUCCACAAAUGCAGAAUCUGCUCAUCAUUCCAUGACUCCUCUUAGAACAACCCCGGUCAAUCUAUCUCUGACUCCAGCCUUGCAGCUAGUUCACGCUAUGUGCCAGUACAAGUUUCAGAAGUCUGCAGGUCAAAGUCCAAGUCUGAAGGAAGAGUUGAAAUUCACAGCAGCACUAGCAAAGAUUGCAGGGAUGCUCAGGACCAGUAUGCCUUUGGCAGGGCUGAUUGGCAGAAAGAUGGGCCUGAGGAAGCUGGAUAUACUGACGGAGUUGAAGAAGAGGAAUCUGAGGCACAUCUUGGCUAAUGUAUUCAGCAAGCUGAACUCAGAAUGUCUGUACAGGUGUGGUCUAGUUUGCAGAAGUUGGAAUGAAAUUAUCGAGCAGGACCACCAAGCUAACCUAAGGAGAAAAAUUCACUUGAGUGAACUUGAUGAUCUUCAGUAUGGUGUGGCUGUUCUCCAAAUCUCUGAGGGGGAGACCAGAUCAGCUCUGCCAAAGAGGUCAGCCUUAAAGAAUAUUCAGGCCCAAUCCAGAACCUCUAGCUACUCCACCCCCCAGUCGUCAAACACAUUGGCCACGCCACAGCACGGCACUUUAAACACAGGCAGCAGCACCAAACGGGACAAAUUUCUGGAGGUUGCCAAAACCCUCUUCCAUGACGAGUGCCUCAAGCCUUGCCCUAGAUGUCAGCAUCCCGCAAAGUGUCACUCGGUGAAAGGGGAAGGUGUGUGUAGCAGAGUCGACUGUGGCUUUCAGUUUUGCGUAUCCUGCUUGUGUGCUUUCCAUGGAUCCAGAGAAUGCGGCAGUCAGUCAGCGGGCCGUCGCAAAAAGGACAAGCUGCUUCCAGGAAGUGCUCAAAGCAAGAGAAAUGUUCGAAGACUGUAAUUAAAUCUUUACUCCAGUUUGUCAUGUGGACAAUUUUAAAUUGCAAAUGAUUACCCCAACUUUUUACAGCAAGUUUCUAAAUGAUGUCUGCGCUACUGAAAGUCUUUACUUCAGCACUUUUCUUUCAGCACAGAUUUUUAACUAUGAA